GUGAUAAAAAAAAGAUGCACAAAUAGAUGUAUUUGGAAAUACAUCUCAAUAUCUCAUUUCAUUCAAUAAUUAUGGGACUUCAGAGAAGGAGAAAGAAAGGGAACAAGUUGGGGGGGAGAGUUUCUAUUUUCCACGCGAAUAAAACACCAAUACUUUCCUCCCAAUAACACACCAAACCCUCAACAAGAAAGGAGAAACCAAAGAUCAGAAAAAUGGGGUGGAAGUUGUUUUACAAAGAAUUGGUGCCAUUCGCUGCCAUGGUUGCGGCGGAGUUCGCCACCGUUGGUUCCAACACCGGCUUCAAAGCCGCCACAGCUCGAGGCCUCAGCUACUAUGUCUUCACCCUCUACGUUUGCAUCGUCGCCGCCGCCGCCCUCAUCCCUUUCGCCUUCUUCUUCCAUAAGUCAGCGCAGCUUCCUCCCAACAAGAUUUCCUUCUUUUUCCAGAUUGUUUGCCUCUCUGCACUCGGGCUUUCCUGUCAGUUGCUUGGAAACAAAGGACUUGAGUAUAGCUCACCGACUCUUUCAUCCGCCAUUAGCAACUUAAUUCCAGCUUUCACUUUCAUGUUGGCUGUCUCUUUUGGAAUGGAGAAGAUAGAUUUGAAAAGAAGCAGCAGCAUUGUGAAAAUAGUGGGCUCAGCGGUGUCCAUUUCAGGUGCUUUGGUCGUGGUUUUGUACAAAGGCCCAAUCGUGAUAUCAAACCCAUAUUCUCCUGGCCCAAAACAAUUGGACUCUUCACAUCCUCAGCCCAAUUGGAUAAUGGGUGGCCUUUGCUUUGUUUUUCAGUACCUUUGCAAUUCCUUUUGGUACAUUCUUCAGACCAAAAUCAUCAAAGUAUACCCAGAUGAGAUAACUGUGGUAGCAGUAUACUAUUUUAUUCAAGCACUUUUGACUGCUCCAGUUUGUUUGAUAGCAGAAACGGAUAUGAAUGCUUGGAAGCUAACAAAUCCGCUCAUUUUCCUUUUCAUCUUCAACUCGGGUUUGAUGGGGCAGUCAUUUGUGGCUGCUAUACACACAUGGGGACUAAACUUGAAAGGCCCUGUUUAUGUUUCUAGUUUUAGGCCAUUGUCCAUUGCCAUUGCUGCUGCUAUGGGUGCCAUUCUUCUUGGUGAUGAUCUUCAUCUUGGAAGUAUAAUUGGAGCAAUCAUAAUAUCAAUUGGGUUUUAUGGCAUAUUGUGGGGGAAAGCAAAAGAAGAAGAAUUGAAGGGGUUAGAAGAUGUUUGUGGGUUGGAAUCUUCAUCCAAAGCUCCAUUGUUGCAAUACUAUAAACUUGAAGAAGCAUAAUUUUAAACUUUGAACAUAAAUUGCUGCCUUCAAUUUCAAUUCAAUUAUUCAGGUUGAUGAUCUAUGAGUUUAUAUUUCUUUAAAAAAAUUGGUCUAUGGUGAAAACAUAUUGGGAGUUUAUUUCAGAUGCCCAAAUAUGUGAAUGUAAAUUAUUAUGUCAAUUCAAUUUAGUUUGUCUAUUCUAUUGUAUUUAAAUUAGAAUAUAUUUUUUACUUCCCACCCAACCACCCAUCACCAAUUUGUAUUAUGUUUAUUGGAAUAACUUUUUAUGUUGAA